UUUCUACCGAGAACUUCAAAGGUUGGCGACCAGUAUGGGACCAUUUAUUGGGCUUCUCCUCUUGUUCGGAGCAAGCGCGGCAUGGGGAGCUUCAGUGACACCUGCCAUCGACACUGAAGAGGAUCUUGAUCCAAACCUUAUGACUACCUUCUCCGAGCUCCUGGGAGAGCGAAUUGAACUGGAGAAAGCACGGGCUGUCGAACCACCAGAGGAAAUCAAGGACGCCCUCGACGCAAACCUCGAGCACCUCACAAAUGCUUUCAAGGGUAGAGAAGACGACCUUGCAGUGAUUCUGGCGAUCAUCGAGGAUUUGAAGGAAGCUGGAAAUCAAUCAUUCGAUGAUGCCGAUGAAUACAGACGUAGAAGGAAGAAGACUAAAAAUCCAUGCGGUUGUAAUAGCAAGAAGCGCAAGAAGCCAAAGAUUGGCAGAAUUAUUGGCCGAAUCAUCGGCUAGCUUUACAACUCGUUCGGAUCUAAUAAAAAUGCAGCUUCAGAUGGCUCUUAACGAGC